AUGGCUAUUGUUCUUAGAUUUGUGGACAAGCAAGGCUAUAUUCGAGAAAGAUUUUUUGACAUUGUUCAUGUGCACGAAACCAAUUUCUUGACUUUGAAGAAGGAGAUAUGUGAUGUCCUUUCUCGCCAUAAUCUUAGUGUGCAAAAUAUUCGUGGCCAAGGAUAUGAUGGAAUUACAACAUCUCAAGAGGUAAUUCCUGUGGAACAAUUCUUUACAUACUUACCUUUUCUUAUAAAUUUAAUUUCAUCUUCUUGCAAACGUGUGGACCAACUUAGAGUUGCUAGAGCUACUAGAAUUGCUGAAUUGAUUGCUAUUGAUGAACUUGAGACUGAAUAUGAAGAAAUUUGCUCUGUCCUAAUUGAUGUUAUCAAUUAUGGAAAUACAUCAACUCAAAGAAGUGAAGUUGACAGAGUUUACGAUUUCAUGACAUCCUUUGAUUUUGUUCUUGUUAUGCAUAUGAUGAGGGACAUUUUAGGAUUUGCACAAGUACUUUCUCAAGCUUUACAAUGCAAAUCUCAAGAUAUUUUGAAUGCCCUUAAAUUGGUUUCAGUAACAAAGGAUCGACUUCAAAGUUACAGAGAUAAUGGAUGGAAUGAAUUGUUCACCAAUGUAAAGACAUUUUGUGAUGCACGAAAUAUAGAGAUGUCUGAUAUGAAUGAGUUGUGCCAAGUGUUAGCAAAGACAAGAAAGUCAAUGUUCUAUAUUCUUAUUGAUAGAUUGAUUCGUCUUAUUUUGAUUCUUCCUGUUUCAACAGCUACAACAGAGCGUGCAUUUUCUGCUAUGAAAAUCAUCAAGACUUAUUUGCGUUCUAGGAUGGAGGAAGACUUUCUUGCUAACUCGAUGAUAAUGUAUAUUGAGAAAGAAAUUGCUAGAACUUUUGAUAUAAAUUCAAUCAUUGAUGACUUUGAUAAAAUUAAAAGUCGUCGUGCACAAUUUCAUAUGUCCUACACAGUCAAAUAG